AUGGACAGACAUAUUGACUUGAUCCUCUCAGACAAGCCCACGGUCGAACGGAACGACCUCCCUGGCAUCAUCUGGCCCACGCAGAUCCCUGGACUGACGGAUGAAACGAUGGCCAGAUAUGACUCGCGUGAGGAAGUCUCAUCAGCCGUCCAGCGGGUUGACUUGAUGUAUGACGGUCUUACGCGUACCUACUUAGAUAGACUGAGCAAGCUUUGGAGAGUGAGCAUGCUGGUUUAUCGCGAGAACCCGCUCUGGCUGCUGUCAGGCCAUCGUGGCAUGUCAUGCCGUUCAGGACGGCGAGCUGAAAAUGAAGACUCGACAUCCGUCAUUUUGCCACUCUGGACCCAGCGUUUCGUCGAUAAUCUCUCGAGCCUGAUUCUUCAUCCCUUUUUCUCAUCGCGACAGAACGGCGCGUUUCUUCGACUGGCACUCCAAUUCGCUGUCGCCUAUCGGAGCCGCGACAAUCGAGUCUGGGAUAUUUCCGCUCUGUUGUUAGAAGCAGGUGUCCAGUGCCCUGCCUUGACUAUGCUCAGCGAUGAGAUGGCCAGACACGGUGCUACACGCUCUGUGGGUGGUGCAGGCGGCCGCAUCUGGAAGAUAUCCGCAACAAGUGUCUACGAAAGACUGUCUACUAUUUGUGGCCUGCUCGACGGCGGCAUGUUGUCGGCCGAGGCCAGGUUCCUGCUGCAGCUGGGAACCGGAGGACGAAGAGAAACGGCGUCGACUCUUCGUCGAGAUGCCCUGCCGGCCAACGAGCCCAGGCACGUUUUUCACGUAGCUACUGACGACCUGGAAUUCAUCUACAGAGCCGCAGAUUUGGUGGCCAGCAAUCCACCUAGCAAGAACGAGGCCAGCAGGGCAUGCACUUACUACUGCGGACGCAACAGAAUCCCGCAGAUCCACAGGACCAACAUGAAACCUCACUUCAUGAAUGCAUACCGGCAUGAGCUUUAUCUGCUGCAGACUUUUAGAGAUCGCAUGGCUGGACUGAGCCUCGAAACUCCCCCUACAGCGAUGCCUCCGGGAGCAAUGCAACAAGUUCCUAUGCAGUUCUCCAUUCAGGGGCCGCCUCCGCCGCAGCAACAGCCUACACCCCUGAAUGCGAUGUCUCACGGCCAAAUGGGUCUCCAAGGACAAUACCAGGCUAGGGCUUGGCCGAGUCAAAUUACGCUGGGUGCAGGGGACCAUGGAGCGCACUUUGGAGCACCGCAUACCUCGAGGCCACCGCCGCGGUCUAUCCCAAUUCGAGAUGAGGAUGCUUCCACAUCAAGCCUUGGGCAUCAUCCGGAUGCAUUCCUGCCGAACCAGUCCACGGCCAGCGCAGGAGCACCUGAGGACCUACCGGCAUGUACUCCCGAGGGCCAGGCUCUAGUGCUGUUGCUGCAGAAUACCCGAGGCGUUGGAGAAUACACUGACUCUGAGCCUCCGAUGUUCGUCUCGGAUUGA